AUGUCUGGUGUUUAUAAUUCAACCCACGAUUCGCCAUGGAAUUAUUCCCUGAAUGAUCAAGAGACUCGAUCUGCUGGGAAACAAUGGCAGAAUUCUUUUGGCGAAGGUUUAUCCACAAGCAAUGGUGUAUUUCGACGAGACGAGAGCAAUUCGACACCCACAGAAAUUCAACUACGAGAAACAAAAUCCAAGAGCAAAUUAUUGAAAGAAGAUGAUGAUAUUCCAGAAUGGACCAACACUUUUUUUGGAGCAACUUUCAGGCGAUACUCGGAAGAAUGGAAACAGGAACUUUUUAAUUUGAGAGGUUAUAUCUCACCAUUAUCACAUGUCAGAAUGAAUAAACGGCGACGGGUUCAACUGCAAUUGGAUAAGGCAGAGCAAACAUCGCAUAAACCAUUAUGUUUAGGCCCCCUAGCCGUCUAA